AUGCCCAACACCAUCACUUACUUCGAUAUCACCAUCGGAGGUUCGCCGGCCGGCCGAUUGACCUUUGAACUCUUUGAUGAUGUCGUACCAAAGACCGCGGACAAUUUCAAACACCUCUGUCUGGGAGACAAGACCAACUCUUCCGGUCGAAAGCUCGCAUACGAAGGAUCUAUCUUUCACAGAUGCAUAAAGAGUUUCAUGCUUCAGGGAGGUGACUUCACCAAUGGAAAUGGUACAGGUGGUGAAUCAAUCUAUGGAGAAAAGUUUGAAGAUGAGGGAUUUACGUUGAAACACGAUAAACCAAUGUUACUCUCCAUGGCUAAUGCUGGACCAAACACCAAUGGAUCUCAAUUCUUCAUUACUACCGUCCCAACACCCCACCUCGAUGGUAAACACGUAGUAUUCGGCCGUGUACGAUCUAACAAAGGAUUAGUUCGACGAAUCGAAGCGUUACCUACUACAUCCGAUAAACCAAAUGAAGAAGUUAAAAUCGCCUCUGCGGGUGUGUUGACUCCAGAGGAUAUCGCUAAAGAGGAUGAAGAGAGGAAGAAGGCUCAGGAAGCUAGUGGUGGUGAAGAUAUCUGGGAGGACUACCCUCAAGAUGAAGAAGGUAUAGAUGCUGAGAAAGCAGAUGAGGCUUUGAGUGUGGCCCUGAAGUUGAAAGAUGUCGGUACAAAAGAAUUCAAAGCUGGGCAAUUCGCUACAGCUUUAGACAAAUACCAAAAAGCCUUGAGAUACCUUGAUGUACAUCCCGUCUUACCUGAUGAUGCCCCUAAAGAACAAGUAGAGGGUUUCCGAGCAGCUCGAAUUCCAUUAUUGACUAAUGCCGCUCUUGCCGCUCUGAAAUGUACACCCCCAGCAGCGACCUUGGCGAUGAUUCUCACCACCCGUGCAUUGGCUAUCGAUAAUCUCACACCGGCCGAAAAAGGCAAAGCGUUAUAUAGAAGGGCUUUAGCUGAGAUCCAAAAGAAGGAAGAUGAAGAGGCUGAGAAGGAUCUCAAGGCCGCUUUGGAGUGCGUACCGGGAGAUGCGGGUAUAUUGAAAGCUUUGAAGGAUGUUGAGCAGAAACGAAAGGAGAGGAGGGAGAAAGAGAGAAAGGCUUUCUCUAAGAUGUUUGGUUAG